CUCCUCUCAAUCCUUUCCCAUUGAGCAAACUCACCUGACAAGCAGAGGACUCGCCUCCAUCACAAAAGGAGACAAACAACCCAAAGGCUUACGUCACUGCAAGAGAGGAAUUACAGUGUACAGAGAGACCCUUCAAAUCACGUUUGAGAAGAGGAAGAAGUUUAAUUUGAACAACAAAUCCGCUGUCCACGAUGGUGUCUGCUGGGUUACAAAUUCUGGGUGCUGCUCUGGGGAUCCUGGGCUGGAUUGGAGCCAUCCUUGUGUGCGCCCUUCCCAUGUGGAAAGUCACUGCUUUUAUCGGCAGUAACAUCGUCACCUCGCAGGUCUCCUGGGAAGGUAUUUGGAUGAGCUGCGUGGUCCAGAGCACAGGCCAGAUGCAAUGUAAGGUCUACGACUCCAUGCUGGCCCUCAGCUCUGACCUCCAGGCUGCCCGGGCCCUGACCAUCAUUGCCAUCGUGGUGGGCAUCCUGGCUAUCCUGCUCUCUGUAGCCGGGGGGCAAUGCACCAACUGUGUGGAGGAUCAGUCGUCCAAGGCCAAGGUGGGCAUUGCAUCUGGAGUUAUGUUCAUCGCAGCUGGGAUCCUCUGCCUCGUCCCUGUCUGCUGGACGGCCAACACCAUCAUCCGAGACUUCUACAAUCCGCUGCUGAUGAGUGCCCAGAAGAGAGAUGGUGUAAGAAUGGCUUCUCAGGGCCUCCAGAUCAUGGGUGUGCUGCUGGCCUUCAUCGGCUGGCUGGGCACCAUCAUAACCUGCGCUACUCCCAUGUGGAGAGUCACUGCUUUUGUUGGGGUGAACAUCGUCACCGCCCAAGUGAUCUGGGAAGGCUUGUGGAUGAACUGCGUGGUCCAGAGCACGGGCCAGAUGCAGUGUAAGGUGUAUGACUCCAUGCUGGCUUUACCUCAAGACCUGCAGGCCGCCAGGGCCAUGGUGGUCAUCUCUGUGAUCGUCGGGGUGUUUGGCAUCCUCAUGGCCGUGGUUGGAGGAAAGUGCACUAACUGCAUGGAGGACGAAGUGGCCAAAGCUAAAGCCUGCAUCGUGUCCGGAGUGAUCUUCAUAAUAGCCGCCUUGCUGAUCAUGAUCCCAGUGUCGUGGUCAGCUCAUGCAGUGAUCAGCGACUUUUAUAACCCCCUGGUGAUUGAGGCUCAGCGGAGGGAGCUCGGGGCUGCACUUUACAUCGGCUGGUGCUCCGCUGGGCUGCUGCUGCUGGGAGGAGGCCUGCUCUGCAACAACUGCCCCCCACAAGAUGGCAGACCCUACAUACCUGCCAAGUUCGCACCUGCAAGAACAGCAUCUUCAAACGUGAACUAUGUGUGAGUGUUUGGGCUGGAAGUGCAGCAUAAGAUGUCUUGAGAUUUUCAGAACAUUUUGUAAAUCUUCUCAUCAAAAUGUUACAUGAAAGGAUCUGUUUCUUAAGGAGCUCAAAAAUGUUGUUGCUGAGGCUGAAGCAAGAAAUCUGUGUAUUUGGUCGAUUAGGAAAAAUAAAAACCUCCUCAGAAUUUGAAUUAUUUUUUAAACUCAACAAAAAUUUGGAGAAUUAAAGUAACAAAACAGCACAGUAAAGUAUAUUGUCUGGUGGUUUGUUUGAACUUUGUUUCUCUCACACAUGGAAAUAUUUUUGUAUGAUCUUCUUUUUCUAAAAUAAACAUUUGCCCUAUUGUGAAUCUAAUGGCUGAAAACCUCUAAUAUUUCUCUAAAACAAAAUAUGUAUUAGUAACAAAAUACCUACUAUUAGGAGUUGUUUUAUUUAUAAAGACUGAGAAUUAAUGGAGUGGUGCAAUAAAUCUGAAUACAGAGUCUUUAUUAAAUUACUUUCAUUAAUAUCAAUUAUUGCAUAGACUGCUGCCAAGAGAAGUUGUGAAAACCAAACAAUGUGGAUGAAUGCAGAUUUUUCAAAAGCUCAUUUUAAGUAUUUUUAUUCAACUGUAUAACAAUAUAACGAUCAAUGCUGGACUUCCAAUUGUCUUUCAAAUGUCAGAAAUAAAGCUUCUUUGUUCAUACCA